AGGACUUAUACAUCAAAUAAAAAUCCUGAAGCCCUAGGCAAGGCCUAGAAUCUCCUCGUUGCAAGUUGCUACAGCCGGCAGAAGAGAGAAAUUGUUGGGAUUCACCGUUCAAGUUAGCCCCAUCGUGAUUUUGGAGCUGUGUGAGAGACGGAGAAAUGUUUCUGGGAGGAUUUCCCAGGAAGCCUGACAAGGCGACGGCACUGAAGCAGCUAAGGACGCAUGUGAUGAUGUUUGGGGUCUGGGUGGCCGUGGUCCGAGUCACUCCUUACAUUCUUCACUAUCUUUGCGAAGAGAAAGAGGAACUUAAGCUCGACCUCUGAUUCUUCUGUCCACGGUUGAGGAGUGGACCUGGGAGAGAGGUUCAGAAUGAAGAAAAGGAAAAGGAGCUUGUAGGGUCCAUUUUCUUUUCCUUUUUUUUUUUCUUUCUUUCUAUUUGGUAAUCUGAGAGGGACUGUGUGCGGUCAACAUGCCCUUUUAAUCCUAAUGUUCGAGAAAAAUUGUUUAUUGAGGUUUUCGUGUAUUUUAUGAUUUAGUUUACUUCUUGUUAUUGCCA